AUGGACAGCCAAAUGAAGGAUUUCGACGAUCUCGUCUAUGACGACAAGUACGAAAUGGGCACUGGCCAGGAACUCGCCAGGGCAGAGGCUCAGGCUUCCGAGGACAUGUUCGAGAGAAGGAAAGUGCUUAGGACUCUCGCAGUACCAACAGACGAUACCAAAGUUAGAGAGAGGCUGCGAGCAAUGGCACUGCCAAUGACUCUGUUCGGUGAACGUAACGAAGACAGAAGGAAUCGUCUCAAGUCGAUUAUUGCAGAUAUGCAGCAAGAGGCUGGCGAAAGCUCUAAAGUAGAAAGCGAGAGUGAAUCGGAGGAUGAAGAGGAGUUCUAUACCGUCGGUCCACAGGAUCUGCUAAACGCCAGGAAAUGGAUCGCAGAGUACUCAAUACCUCGUACAAAAAACAAGUUAGAGAUAGAGCGCCAAGACUGGAAAACACCACUAAAAUCAAUCAUCGACGCGAGAAAGCGCACGUUCGAAUACAUAAAGUCAUUCAGCGUACUGGGAUCGCAGGUUGGCGACAGCCGACCGAUAUCCCAGGUCAAGUUCUCACCUAACAACCAGCUGUUAGCUACCGGUAGCUGGUCUGGCAGCCUGAAGCUGUGGGACAUACCCAACUGCAACCACCAGAUGACUUUCAGAGGCCAUGAAGGCCUAGUAGGUGGCGUUGCCUGGCAUCCUGAAUCCACGCUUAGUCAGAGCAAAGCAAGCGUCAACUUAGCGUCAGGUUCUCAGGAUAACACAGUCGCCCUGUGGUCUUUGGACAAGGAUACACCGUUGGCGACUCUCAAGGGACAUACCCACCAAGUGCGAAGAGUUGCGUUCCAUCCUUCAGGUAGAUACGUAGGCAGUGCAUCAUUCGACGAGACAUGGAGAUUGUGGGAUGUUGAAACACAAACUGAGCUGCUGUUGCAAGAGGGACAUUCGAAGGAGGUCUACGCACUCGCUUUCCAAGACGACGGUGCGCUGGUGGGAUCUGCAGGUAUGGACGCUAUUGGACGAACCUGGGAUAUGCGCACUGGAAGGACUGCCAUGGUGUUAGAUGGACAUGCAGACAAGAUUCUCGCAAUGGACUUCUCGCCGAAUGGCUACCAAUGUGCAACUGGGUCUGGCGAUGGUAAUAUCAUGAUAUGGGAUCUUCGAGCGUUAAAAUCUAUAACGUCGAUGCCUGCACACAAUAUCUCUGUUGGAGAUGUCAAGUUCUAUAGACAACCUGAACCUAUUCUCAGAUCUAGAGGCGACACUCAAGAUGUGAAGAUGGACGAAAGCACUGACACUGACGAAAUGACACCUAUUGUGAAAGAACCUUACUCCAACGGCUUGUUCUUAGCUAGCGCUGGAUUUGACGGUUACACCAAGCUUUGGAGUGCAGACGACUGGAUAUGCCAGAAGGCAAUCCGCGAAAACUCUAAGAUAAUGUCAGUUGAUAUAUCAACCAACGGAAAGCACAUAGCGACGGGCGAAUGGUCACGCUCGUUCAAGUUAUUUGGAACUGAUUUGUAA